AUGGCUCGGCCGAAGGGAGACGGAACGAUUUGGACCGCCGGAUCUCAGCUUCAAGUCCUCCAUCUUAUCCCCCAUAGACUUGCGCCCAUUCAUCUACAGCCCGACAUGGUAACUCAGCACGGCGACCAUCACGACAUUCCCAGUCACCAUAGGGUGAACAAACCCGGGGCCUGGCUCCCCGCAGACCGCCGCGUCCACCGCCAGUACCUGAACAACAUCACCAAGCACGUCGACGCCCACGACAAGCAGAAGCUCACGCCUGCGCUCCAGGAGCUCAAGAAGCUCAUCGAGGGCAACAGCCGGGUCUACAUGUACUUUGCGCAGAUGUUUGACGAGAUCCCCCGCAAGCAUCCGUACUGGGCAGACCCCACGGGCAGCAGCAAGCAGGUUCGCGACUACGAGCACAUGCUGCAGGUGCUGAACCACAUUGUCACGCGGGCUCCAGAGUGGACCGAGGCCGCGGAGAGCGUGGGAGUCGUCGGCGUUCCGUUUUGCGCCAUCUUCGACUACCCCAUGGCGACGCCCAGCGGGCACGCGGCGUUUUUGGAUCCUGAUGUAAACAGGGCGCUGAAGAAGGUGCUGAAUGAAUGGGGAGAGUAUCUCAAGACGCCCGAGUCGGCGGCCGCGCUGGGCGACCACUCGGUAGGCUGGUUCGGCAAGACGGGCCUGAGCGACAUGAUGGAGGUUGCCAACGCGCCGUACAAGUCGAGCAUGAAGUUUGAGGAAAUGUUUGUGUGCGACCCGACGGCGAAGCACAUGGGGUUCAAAUCGUGGGACGACUUCUUCACGCGCCGCGUGCGCGACUCAGCCCGGCCGGUGGCCUGUCCCGACGACGACGACGUCAUCGCCAACGCCUGCGAGUCCCAGGUGUACAACGUGGAGCACGGCGUCCGGCUGCGCGACCGCUUCUUCGCCAAGGGCCAGCCGUACUCGCUGCUCGACAUGCUGGCGCACGACGGCCUCGCGCCCUCGUUCGCCGGCGGCACCGUCUACCAGGCCUUCCUGUCGGCGCUGUCGUACCACCGGUGGCACGCGCCCGUGUCGGGCACCGUGCGGCGCGCCUUUGUCCAGGACGGCACCUACUUCAGCGAGCCGCUGUCCGAGGGCGACGUCGACGCGAGGGGCAUCGGCGCCGCGCAGGGGUACCUGUCGGCCCUGGCGACGAGGGCCGUCAUCGUCGUCGAGGCGGACAGCCCGCGCGUCGGGCUGGUGGGCUUUGUGGGCAUCGGCAUGGACGAGGUGAGCUCGUGCGAGAUGACCGUGAGGGAGGGGCAGCGGGUGAGCAAGGGCGACGAGAUUGGCAUGUUUCACUUUGGGGGGUCGAGCCACUGCCUCUUGUUCCGGAGGGGCGUGGAGCUGGACGGGCUGCCGGCGGUGGGGAGGCAGGAGAAUGUGCCGGUGAGGGGGAAGCUCGCCGUUGUCCGGUGA